CGCAGCACAAGACCAUCUCUAGACACCACCCAACACAGCGCGACAAAGAGGAUAUUUUGAUAAUCCCACAGACAGGACUGCAAGAUAGCUGAUAAUAGUCUCUUGGCUAACCGAUACGGCGGUCUGCAGAGUCUCCGCUACACCGCACAGCUGACUGGUGCAGGCCAGAGAUUAGACAUCAGCGCGCCAGAGAGUCCGAUGGCCCCCAGGAGCAGUAGUGGAGAACAGACACAGCGCCCCCUAUGGGCAGAGAGCCACACUAGCGUUCUGCUGCCGCUGAUGGUGAUGAUGAUGAUGACGAUGUCAGCACAUGAGCAGUCUGUCUGUGAUACUGAUACUGCUACCUGCAGUGGAGAGGCUGGACGACCUGUUUAUCUGCAGCUCAUUAAGGACACUAAGGAACAUGAAGUGAAGUUAUUCCGGGACAAUACCAGAGUUUUCACAUAUAAAGGUUCCAAGUCAGUGUUCUUCGAGGAGUUCAACACCACAUCAGUCCUCCAGAGGUGGCAUUUUGUUCCUGAUAACGGGACCAUGAUUAUCAACCCUGCAGAGAGGAGAGAUGCAGGGACAUACAGAGUGGAGAUCUUUAAAGAAGGGAAAUCAGUGGGAGAUCCUCACACAGUACAGCUGAUCAUAGAAGGUGUAAACCCUGUAGUUCCUGUGCUAGUGACGCUGGUUCUCCUGCUGAUGUGUGUGUGUGGAGGCGUGUUUUAUUUCUACUGGAGGAAGAACGCACACACACGCACACACACAACAGCUGCACCCGAGGAGCUGCACUAUGCGGUGGUGGACAUCACCCACAGGAGGCAGGAGGACUAUGAGCCCUCAGGACACACACAGGACUGUGUGUACGCCCAGGUGCAGCCUAGACAGUGAACAAGUGUGUGUGUGUUUGUGUGUGUGUGUGUGUGUGUGUGUGCUGAGGUGCAGCCUAGUGAACGGGUGUGUGUGUGUGUGUGUGUGUGUGUGUGCUCAGGUGUAGCCUAGACCAGGGAUUCCCAAACUGUGGUGCGCGCACCCCCGGUGGUAUAUAAACUCUAUAGUCUCUAGGUGUUCAUCAAAAAGGUCGGCUUAUUACUGUAAGCAUGACGCCGAGCUGGAAUAGCGAUGCAUCAAUAGAAUGCGUUCAUUUUGAAUGUGUCGGUUGGUGGGUUGUUGGUGGGGUGUUUUUUUUAAACAACAAAAACAGAAAGGAGGGAGGCAGCAAAGCUAGGAGUUAUUUUGGAUGGGUAAACAGGUAACGUUGACAAAUUAAUUAUAGUAAAAGGAUUGUACACAUCCCAAGUCAAGGUGCAGAACAAGAAUCAGGUGAAAAAAUUGAAAAAAUUAAAAAAACGUUAACAAUCUAAAUUAAUUUUAGCCUUAUAGGGCUAGAAAGUUGUCCAAACGAAUACAUCCUCGACAGCCGUUGUUGUAGGCCUAUUAUAAGAUAUUGUACAGUAUGUGGAUGUUGUUAGCCUAUGCAGUCUACUUUUUAGCUGACCAAUGCACGAACCUAACCGGGAACCGGACAAUUAUUGUCAACCUUUGAACUUGUGGUUGCGGGGGUGUGUGGCGGUGGCAAUACAAUGCGUUACAUUUGUAGGAUGUGUCGGAUGGUGGGGGUACGCGAGUCAAGUCAGAAUGUAGGCGGGCGUACACGAGGGAAAAAGUCUGGGAACCACUGGCCUAUACAGUGAACAGGUGUGUGUGUGUGUGUGUGUGAGAGAGAGAGUGUGUGUGUGUGUGUGUGUGUGCGCUCAGGUGCAGCCUAUACAGUGAACAGGUGUGUAUGUGUGUGUGUGUGUGUGUGUGUGCGCGCUCAGGUGCAGCCUAGACAGUGAAUGUGUGUGUGUGUGUGUGUGUGUGUGUGUGUGUGUGUAUGCUGAGGUGCAGCCUAGACAGUGAAAGUGUGUAUGCUAAGGUACAACCUGGACAAUGCCAUGAGCUGCCACCUUAAGAGAACAGCAAGGACACGCCAUCAAUACAACAUGUUCCAGAACACAAAUAGGGAACAUCUACUAGAACACACACAAGAACAUACACAAUAACACUUAGAACAUCUACCAGAACACAUGAGAACAUCUAGCCUGCAUACCAGACUCUCUGACGAUCGCAGAGAGGAACGCCCUCUGUUUGCUAAGAGAACAGGCUGGAGAACACAUACCAGAACAUACUUGGUUUACAGAAAUGUUUAUAAUUGUGGGCCCCGGUAGUGGCGCAACUGGCUGGGGCACCUGCACCGUACGCUGGCGACCCGGGUUCGAUUCCCGCCCCGUGGUCCUUUCCAGAUCCCACCCCGACUCUCUCUCCCACUCACUUCCUGUCAUUCUCUCUACUGUCCUGUCCAAAUAAAGGCAUAAAAAGCCCAAAAAUAAAUCUUUAAAAAAAAAAAAAAAAGAAAUGUUUAUAAUUGUAAUUGUUGGUCAAUAACAAACACUGUAGGGACAUGAGCGCAAUUCAAUGCUUGGUUUUUCAUAAUGCUGUAAAGAAUAUUAAAAUAUCAAUGUUUGAAAU